GUGUCCUUGUGUUCUCAUUUUUCAUCACCUGCCUAUGAGUGAGAAUAUGCGGUGUUUCAUUUUCUGUUCUUGUGUCAGUUUGCUGAGGAUGAUGUUCUCCAGAUUCAUCCAUGUCCCUACAAACGACACUGGAAAAAUGUGGCACAUAUACACCAUGGAAUAUUAUGCAGCUAUCAUUUCACUCUUAUCCUCCUAUAGUCCUGAAAAAUACUAACUCUAGAUAUUGGUUUCAUAAAUGCAGGAGUGGGGAAAGAGCCAGAGAGUAAAUAUUUCAGGCUUUGCAGCCUACAUGGUUUUUGUCACAUAUUCUCUGCUUGUUUGAAGAUUAUUUAGAUUAGUGGUUCUCAAACUUUCUUGAUGCAUGGCACCCUUAGAUAAAAAAAGAUGUCUAACAGUUCUAUUUAUUGAGUACAGUGGUUGUUGGGUCCAAACAUUAAGUACAUAUGUCACAAACUUAGUAGCCAUUUUAAAAAAUACAUAAAUUGAAGGAAAAGAUGAUUUUGAAAAUUUUAUUCCUUUUUUUUUUGAGAUGGAGUUUCGCUGUUGUUAUCCAGACUGGAGAGUGCAAUGGCACGGUCUCGGCUCACCGCAACCUCUUCUGGGUUCAAGCAAUUCUCCUGCCUCAGCCUCCUGAGUAGCUGGGAUUACAGGCACGCACCACCGUGCCCAGCUAAUUUUUGUAUUUUUAGUACAGACGGUGUUUCACCUUGUUGACUAGGAUGGUCUCGAUCUCUCGACCUCGUGAUCCACCCACCUCGGCCUCCCAAAGUGCUGGGAUUACAGGUGUGAGCCACUGCGCCCGGCCUGAAAAUUUUAUUCUUAAAUAAUCACACUUACUCAUUGGAUACAUAUGCCUGUUGGACACUGCACAACUUCCCAAACUUUGGAAUCAGUUUAUACCCUGCCACCCUCAUUUCCUGUACCACUUUAAUAAAAGUACUUGUUUUUUAUCACAGCAACUGUGAACAAUUUAUCUUUACAGUGAUGUUAUUAAAACUAAUGUAAUGCACAUGGUACUAUUUUGAGAUAGUAGUUUAUACAGUACCUGACAGAUGUUCAGAAUUGCUGUGCAUCUCUCAAUUUUUAAAUAUCCUAGGACAUCACUGUGAGUAUGCUGCAGCACCCUUGGGUGCCAGGUACACAGUUUGGAACCAGUAACUUUUUUUUUUUUUUUUUUUGAGAUGAAGUCUCACUUACCCUGUUGUCCAGGCUGGAGUACAGUGGUGCCAUCUCAACUCACUGCAACCUCUGCCUUCUGGGUUCAAGGUAUUCUGUCUCAGCUUCCCAAGUAGCUGCAAGUAGGUGGGAUUACAGGAGCAUGCUACUACACCCAGCUACAUUUUUUGUAUUUUUAGUAAAGACAGAGGUUUUGCCAUGUUGCCCGGGCUGAUCCUGAACUCCUGGCCUCAAAUGAUCCGCCAGCCUCAGCCUCCCAAAGUGCUGAGAUUACAGGCGUGAGCCACUGCACCUGGUCCCUGGAACCAGUAACUUAAUGUGUCAAUAACUAAGAGUUUGGCCAUAACAGUGUUUUAUAAAUGAAGCUUAAUCUAUGAGUCUGGAGUCUCCUAUUUGUGUUGAAAGUGUAACUUUGGCUGGGCAUGGUGGCUCACACCUAUAAUCCCAGCACUUUGGGAGGCUGAGGUGGGCAGAUCACCUGAGGUCAGGAGUUCGAGAUCAGCCUGGCCAACAUGAUGAAACCCUGUCUCUACUAAAAGUACAAAAAUUAGCCAAGUGUAGUGGCGUGCGCCUGUAAUCCCAGCUACAUGGGAGGCUGAGGCAGGAGAAAUGCUGGAACCCGGGAGGCAGAGGCUGUAGUGAGCCGAAAUUGUGCCGCUGUACUCCAGCCUUGGUGACAGAGCAAGACCUUGUCUCAAAAAAAAAGAAAAGAAAAAUAGAACUUAACAGUUAUAGAAUAUUUAAAAAGGGGGACUUCAGUAACCUCUGAAUUUCAUCAGUUAAGUGCCAACUGAUUGGUCUACAGAUUGGACAGGAAUUAUGCUUUUAAUGACUAUUUUAAACAGCAAAGAUCUUUAAGUGAUCUUGAGUUGAUAGUAGUUAAUAUUUUUAUCUGUGAAUUUUGAACAUGUACACUGAAUUUGAAAAUAUUUUCAAAGGAGAAAAAUGCAAGUUGGUGGUCAAAUAAUUGUUUCUUUUUUUUUUUUUUUGAGAUGGAGUUUUCGCUGUUGUUACCCAGACUGGAGUGCAAUGGCACGAUCUCGGCUCACCGCAACCUCCGCCUUCUGGGUUUAAGCAAUUCUCCUGCCUCAGCCUCCCGAGUAGCUGGGACUACAGGCGCACACCACCAUGCCCUGCUAAUUUUUGUAUUUUUAGUAGAGACGGGUGUUCAUCUUGUUGACCAGGAUGGUCUCGAUCUCUUGACCUCGUGAUCCACGUGCCUCAGCCUCCCAAAGUGCUGGGAUUAUAAGGGUGAGCCACCGCGCCAGGCCCAAAUAAUUGUUUCUUAAUUGCUCAUUCAGCAAAUGUUUAUUGAGGCGAGGCCUGCUGGUUUAUACUUGUAAUCCCAGCACUUUGGGAGGCAGAGCUGGGAGGAUCACUUGAGCCCAGGAGUUCAUCACAAGCCUGGGCAACCUAGUAGACUCGAACUCUACAAAAAAAGAAAAAAAAAAAUUUAGCCAAGCAUGGUGGCAGAUUCCUGUAACCCCAGCUCCUCAGGAGGCAGGGGCAAGAGGAUUACUUGAGCCCAGGACUUUGAGCCUGCAGUAAGCCGAGGUCACACUACUGCACUUCAGCCUGGACAACAAAGCAAGAUCCUGUCUCCCUGACCCCCAACAGAAAAAAGAAAUGAGUGGAUUGGGGAUAUUGGGAGCAUUUAUUGGAAAUAAAAUUACAUGAGAAAUUGAAUAGACGUAAGUGGGUGUCAUAUUUUUUGGGUCUUAGAGGGAAAGUUUUCAAAGUUUAGCUAUUAAGUUGGUCUUUGCUAUUAGUUUUUUGAAUAGCUACUGUUAAUUUACCUUCUAUUUGUAGUUUGCUAUAUUUUUUUAAAGUAUUUUUUAAAAAUUUGUUUUCAAGACAAGGUAUAGCUCUGUGGCCCAGACUGGAAUACAGUGGCAUGAUCAUGGGUCACUACAGCAUCUACCUCCCAGGCUUAAGCUCUUCUUCUGCCUCACCCUCCCAAGUAGCUGGAACUACAGAAGAGUUUUCUUCAAAAAUGGAUGGGGUGUCUUCAGAGGCUGGUGAAGAAAAUGGCAAUAUAGAGAGACCUGUUAGAAGACAGCAUUCCUCAAUUUUGAAACCCCCAAGAAGUCCUCUUCAGGACCUCAGAGGUGGGAAUGAAACAGUUCAGGAAUCCAAUGCUUUGAGAAAUAGGAAAAACUCGCGUCGAGUCAGCUUUGCAGAUACUAUAAAGGUAUUCCAGACAGAGUCUCAUAUGGAAAUAGUGAGAAAGUCAGAAAUGGCAGAAACAGAAGCAGGAGAAAGUCUCUCGAUACAGAAUAAGAAAUUAGAAGAUAACAACUGUGAAAUUACUGGGAUGAACACAUUGCUUUCUGCUCCCAUUCAUACCCGGAUGCAACAGAAGGAGUUUUCAGUUAUAGAACAUAACCAUGAAAGGAAACAUGCAAAUGACCAGACAGUCAUCUUUUCAGAUGAAAACCAGAUGGAUCUGACAUCAAGUCACACUGUAAUGAUUACCAAAGGCCUUUUAGAUAAUCCCAAAAGUGAAAAGUCCACCAAGAUAGAUACCACAUCAUUUCUAGCUAAUUUAAAGCUUCACACUGAGGACUCAAGAAUGAAAAAAGAAUUAAAUUUUUCCAUGGAUCGAAACACUUCUUCAGAAAAGAAAAUAAAUUUCAAUGACUUCAUAAAAAGAUUGAAAACAAGAAAAUGUAAUGCUUUUCCUAAUGGGCCUGAUAAAGAAAAUUUUGAGAUACCUGUUUAUUCUGAUGAAUCACGUAACGCCUUUUCUACACGUCAUGUGCAUGUAUCUCUUAAUGAAGAUGAGAGUAACAGUAACAUUACUAGGAUCUUUAGAGAAAAAGAUGAUGGGAUGAAUUUCACUCAGUGUCAUACAGCGAAUAUUCAGACAUUGAUUCCCACAUCCAGGGAGACCAACUCACAGGAAUCUAAAGGUAAUGAUAUUACAAUUUAUGGCAGUGACAUUAUGGACUUGACAUUGAACCACACUAUACAGAUUUUACCCGCAACAGAUAAUUUUUCUAAAAUAGAAAAUCAAACUCAGAAUGCCAUAAUGGAUGUAACAACAGGUUAUGAGACUAAAGCUUCAGGAAAGAAAACAAUUUUUAAGAGUAAACAAAAUGCUGCUUUUCAAGACCCUUCCAUAAACCCUGCAGACAAAAUACAUAUUACCAAAGGUCAUAUUAUGGGAGCGGAAACUCACAUAGUCUCACAUACUUGUAAUCAAGAUGCCCCAAUAUUAGCCAGGACCCCAGAAUCUAUAUGUUCUAAUUCAGCUAUUCAAGGUUGUAAGACAGUUUUCUAUUCCAGUCGUAGUGAUACCAUGGAAAUGACCAAGUGUGUCUCAAGUAUGAGAGAAGAGAAAAAUUUGCUAAAGCAUGACAGUAAUUAUUCUAAAAUAUAUUGCAAUCCAGAUGCUAUGUUUUGUCUCACAGAGAAAACUAUUUAUUCUGGAGAGGAGAACAUGGAUAUCACCAAGAGUCACACAGUUGAAAUAGAUAAUCAGAUUUUUAAACAAGAUCAAUCAAAUGUGCAGAUAGCAGCUGUACUACCACCUGAAAAAGAAAUGAUGCUCCAAAAUCACAUGACCAUAUCAGAAGAUGGGAAAACAAAUGUAAAUUGUAACUCAAUUCCUCGUGUAUCUAAGGAAAGAAUACAGCAGAGCUUGUCAAAUAUUUUAUCUAUUUCAUUGACUGGUAGAAAGACUGAACUUUUAGCAGGUGAAGAUAUGGAUUUGACUGAAAGUCACACAAGUAACUUAGGAAGUCAGGUUCCUCUUGUAACUUACAGUCCAGCACCGGAGAAUACCAGUGAAUCUCACUCUCAUAGUAAAAGCUGUUCAGAUAAAUGUCAAAAAAUGACCAAAAGUCAUACUGAACCAUUUCAACAACCAGACAUAAUAUCUAAAAACAGCCUAAGCGAUGCCUGUAACAAAGACAAAGAGCAGAUUUUGAAGAUUUUGCCAUACCUUGAUAAAGAUUUUCCUCAGUCAGCUGAUUGUAAUCAGGACAUAGCAACAAGCCAUAAUAUAGUCUACUCUGGUGGAGUUUUUGAUAAACAAGUAGCUAAUAGAAAUACAAUUUCAUGUGAACAAUCUUUGUUUUCUACUACAAAGCAAUUCUCUUCAUCAGGACAAUCUUCUAUGAAAAUUCAUGAUACUACUAUUAGUAGUCAUACGGUGAAAUCUCUACUAGGUCAGAAUUCUAAACUGGCUGAGCCACUGAGGAAAAGUUUAAGUAAUCCCACACCUGACUAUUGUCAGGACAAGAUGCUUAUGUGUUCCGAGGAAGAGCAAAAUAUGGAUCUAACAAAGAGCCACACUGUUGUCAUUGGAUUUGGUCCUUUUGAACUACAGAAACUUGGCAAAACUAAUUUAGAACACACUAUUAGCCAGCUAACAACAGCAAGCAGACAGACAGCUGUAAAAGUUGAAAAAUGUGGUAAAAGUCCCAUAGAAAGAAGUGGAGUACUUGUAUCUAACAGUAUUAUGGAUGUGUUAGAGGAUGAAAGUGUACAAAAACCUGAAUUUCCUGAGGAAAAGCAAAAUGUCAAAAUUUGGGGAAGGAAAAGUGUUGGUGGACUAAAAAUUGAUAAGACUAUUGUAUUUUCAGAAGAUAAGAAUGAUAUGGAUAUCACUAAGAGUUAUACAAUGGAAAUAAACCAUAGACCUUUAUUAGAUAAACAUGAUUGUCAUUUGGUGCCAUUGGCAGGAACUUCUGAAACUAUUUUAUAUACAUGUGGGCAAGAUGACAUGGAAAUCACUAGAAGUCACACAACUGCCUUAGGAUGUAAAACUGUCUCACCAGACGAAAUAACUACUAGGCCUAUGGACAAAACUGUAUUGUUUGUAGAUAAUCAUGAUGAACUAGAAAUGACAAAGUCCCAUACUGUUUUCAUUGACUACCAAGAAAAGGAAAGAACUGUUCUUCCAAACAGUCCUAACUUUGAACUAUCCGAAAGGAAAAGCCUAGGAACACCAAAAGUGUUAUGUACUCCUAUUGAGGAGAGCGUUUUCUUGCCAGAAAAUGGUGAAAGUGAUGGUCUAGUAGCAAGUGACAGCCAGCUAACACCUCUGGAGGAAUGGCCCAAUAAUAGGGGUCUUGUAGAGGUUGCUGAUAACAUGGAAGUGUCUAAAUCAACCACUUGGAAAAACAUCAAAGAUGUACAAAAUCCUGGAUUUCUGAAUGAACUUCUAUCAGCCAAAAGUCAGAGAAGAAAAAGCCUUAAGCUAAAAAAUGACAAGACCAUUGUAUUUUCUGAGAAUGACAAAAAUGAUAUGGAUAUUACCCAGAGUUGUAUGGUGGAAAUAGAUAACAAAAGUGCCCUGGAGGAUCAAGAGGACUUCCAUUUGGUGCCUUUGGCAGGGGCUUCUAAAACUGUUUUGUAUUCAUAUGAGCAGGAUGACAUGGAGAUCACUAGAAGUCACACAACUACCUUAGAAUAUAAAACUGUCUUGCCAAAUGAAAUAGUUACUAGGCCCAUGGACAAAACUGUAAUAUUCACAGAUAAUCACAAUGAUCUGGAUGUCACCACAUCCCAUACUGCUUUUAUUGAAUGUCAAGCCACAGAGAAAAUACUUGAGGAGAACCUUAAAUUUGGAAUAGCAAAAGGAAAAAACUUGGGUGUUUCCUUUCCUAAGGAUAAUAGCUGUGUUCAAGAAAUCGCUGAAAAACAAGCACUGGGUAUAGAAAACAAAAUUGUUCUUUACACUGAGCAAAAGCAACAACGCUUUGCUUCUACUAAUACAUUGUCUGGGAAUCAAGGUGAAAUGGAAAUCAUCAAAUUCCAUAAUGCUGCUAUGGAUGAAAAAGUCAUAGGGAAAGUUGUAGACCAGGCCUGUACGUUGGAAAAAGCCCAAAUUGAAAGCUGUCAGUUAAAUAAUAGAGAGAGAAGAAAUGUAGAUUUUAUAAGCAGUCAUGCAAUUGCUGUUUGUGGAUCCAGUGAUAAUUAUUCCUGUUUUCCAAAUGUUAUUAACUAUACUGAUAAUUUGGAGGGUAGUGCCAUGCCCUUAUGUGAUAAAGAUAAGGAAAAAGCCAAUAAUUGCCCAGUGCAGAAUGAUCUUGCACCCAUAUGUGAAAACAAGCCUAAAAUGCUCAAUAAUGAGAAGUGGUUUGCUGCAGCCUAUAAAGAAGAACUGAAGGAAAAUACUCAAACAACUAACUGUAAUUCAGCUCUUGAUUUCCACAGUAACUCAGAUUUGACUAAGCAAGUCAUUCAAACUCAUGUGAAUGCUGGAAAAGCACCAGAUCCUGCAAUGACAUCUAAUAUUCACUGUUUUCUUAGAGUCAAACCAAAUCUGAAUGAUUUGAAUGGAAAAACUGAAGCUUUUCAAACUGUUCAUGUACCACCUCCUCCAGAGCAAUUACUUGAAUUGGGAAAUAAGGCACACAAUGGUAUGAGUGUAGUGCAAGCUACAGAAAUACUUAAUAUUAACAUAAUCUCCAGCAAUGCUAAAGAUAGUAGAGAUGAAGAAAAUAAAAAGUCUCGUAAUGAAGCUGAAACCACCUCUCUACCAUUAAAGACAGUUGUUAAAGAUAAAGUGAGGAGAUGUUCUUUGGGAAUCUUUUUGCCUAGAUUGCCAAACAAGAGAAAUUGCAGUAUCACUGGUAUUGAAGACCUGGAACAGAUUCCAGCAUACACAACUGAUUUAAAUCACAUAGAAACUCAGCCAGUCUCUAGCCAAGAUUCAGGCAUUGGAUCUGUUGCAGCUAAACUGAACCUAAGUCCUUCUCAAUAUAUAAAUGAGGAAAAUCUUCCUAUAGAUCCUGAUGAGAUCAGUUCCUCAGACUCUAUUAACAUAGAAACUGAGGAAAAGGCUUUGAUUGAGACAUACCAAAAAGAGAUUUCACCAUAUGAAAAUAAAAUGGAGAAAAUUUUCAUUAGCCAAAAAAGAACCUGGGUACAAGAAGAAGAAGAUACUCAGAAGGAGAAAAAAAUCAGAAAAAAUGAGAUUAAGUUUAGUGAUACUGCACAAGAUCAGGAGAUUUUUGAUCACCAUACUGAAGAGCAUAUAGAUAAAACUGCUAACAGUGUAUUGAUAAAAAGCCUGAGCAGGACCCCAUCUAGUUGCAGCAGCUCUCUGGAUUCGAUCAAGGCUGAUGGGACCUCCCUGGACUUUAGCACUUACCGCAGUAGUCAAAUGGAAUCACAGUUUCUCAGAGAUACUAUUUGUGAAGAGAGCUUGAGGGAGAAACUCAAAGAUGGGAGAAUAACAAUAAGAGAGUUCUUUAUACUUCUCCAGGUCCACAUCUUGAUACAGAAACCCCGACAGAGCAAUCUUCCAGGCAAUUUUACCGUAAACACACCUCCUACUCCAGAAGACCUGAUGUUAAGUCAAUAUGUUUACCGACCCAAGAUACAGAUUUAUAGACAAGAUUGUGAAGCUCGUCGCCAAAAGAUUGAAGAGUUAAAGCUUUCUGCAUCAAACCAAGAUAAACUGUUGGCUGAUAUAAAUAAGAACCUGUGGGAAAAAAUGAGACACUGCUCUGACGAAGAGCUACAGGCCUUUGGAAUUUACCUUAACAAGAUAAAAUCGCGUUUUACCAAGAUGACUAAAGUCUUCACUCACCAAGGAAAAGUGGCUCUGUAUGGCAAGCUGGUGCAGUCAGCUCAGAAUGAGAGGGAAAAACUUCAGACAAAGAUAGAUGAGAUGGAUAAAAUACUUAAGAAGAUCGAUAACUGUCUCACUGAGGUGGAAAUAGAAACUAAGAAUUUGGAGGAUGAAGAGAAAGACAGUCUUGUGGAAGAAUGGGAUUCUGAAAUGAGAACUGCAGAGAAAGAACUGGAACAGCUGAAAACUGAGGAGGAGGAGUUUCAAAGAAAUCUCUUAGAACUGGAGGUACAAAAAGAGCAGACCCUUGCUCAAAUAGACUUUAUGCAAAAACAAACAAAUAGAACUGAAGAGCUACUGGAUCAGUUGAGCUUGUCUGAGUGGGAUGUUGUUGAGUGGAGUGAUGAUCAAGCUUUAUUAACCUUUGUUUAUGAUUCGAUAGAACUCACCAUUACCUUUGGAGAGUCAAUUGUUGGUCUCCCUUUCCUGGACAACAAUAUAAGGAAGAUUAUUGAUGUGAAUUUUCAAUCUCUGUUAGACGAGGAGAAAGCUCCUCCUUCCUCCCUUUUAGUUCAUAAGCUUAUUUUCCAGUACAUUGAAGAAAAGGAAUCCUGGAAGAAGACAUGUACAACACAGCAUCAGGUACCCAAGAUGCUUCAAGAAUUCUCACCGGUAGUGAACCACUGCAGACUCCUUGGAGAGGAGAUUGAGUAUUUAAAGACAUGGGGACCAAAUUAUAACCUAAUGAACAUAGAUGUUAAUAAUUUUGAAUUGAGACUUUUAUUCUCUAGCUCUGCAGCAUUUGCAAAGUUUGAAAUAACUUUGUUUCUCUCAGCCUAUUAUCCAUCUGUACCAUUACCUUUCACCAUUCGGAAUCAUAUUGGGAACACUAGCCAAGAUGAUAUUGCUACCAUUCUAUCUAAAGUGCCCCUGGAGAACAACUACCUGAAGAAUGUAGUCAAGCAAAUUUACCAAGAUCUGCUUCAGGACUGCCACUUCUACCACUAGACCCUUGGACCACCAUUAGAACAGCCCAGCAGAAUGUCGUCGAUAUUAUGUCAGGAUCCCAUUGCUCUGUAGCCUUUGUCUUUAGGUCAUUACAAGCUGAGUAAAAUUCCUUCUGAUGAUGUUAUAGUUAAUCUGUAUGCUUUUAGAUCUCUGCAAAAUGAUGGUGAUGAAGGCUGGAAUGAUGAAAGGCCUGUUAUCAACUUAUUCAUCUUUGUACCAAAGGUUUAAGUAAUAGGACACUGAGGAAAAAUUUCUUCUAACUAAACUAAUGCUUUCUGCUUUAGUACAAGCCCUAAGGAUUAACUUUUAAAUAUAAGAGGAAGUUUUACCACGGACAAAAACAUUAGCCAUUUUUUCACAAAAUUUCUUUUUGUUUUCCCACACUAAAACAAAAAGAGAGAAAGCAAUAGCACUCAGCCAUAAAUCCCAAAGAUAGAACUAUGAUUUUUAAGUAGCCUGGCUUCUGCCUAGCCACUAUUUCUUCAGUAGAGAUGUAUCUGUCUACAAACUAUUCAUCUUUUUUCUCCAUUACUAAAAUGGUAUUAACAGAAAGCAGGGCCAGGUGCAAUGGGUUGCUCACACCUGCAAUCCCAGCAGUUUGGGAGGCCAAGGUAGGCAGAUAGCUUGAGUCCAGGAGUUCGAGACCAGCCUGGGCAACAUGGUGAAACCCCACCUCUACAAAAAAAAUAGAAAAAUUAGUCAGGCAUGGUGGCUCGCACCUGUGGUCACAGCUACUUGGGAGUUUAAUGCAGAAGGAUCACUUGAGCCCAGGAGGAAGAGGUUGCCGUGAGCCAAGACCGUGCCACUGCACACCAGCGUAGGCAACAGAGCAAGGCCAUGUCUCAAAAAACAAAGAGAGACAGCAAUAGCACUCCAGCUAUUGAAAUGGUUGCCAUUUUUUUGAGGGCCUUGCUUUUUAUUCUUUGGUGUCCAUUAAUGUUUUCUUUUUUUUUUGAGACAGAGUUUCGCUCUUGUUACCCAGGCUGGAGUGCAAUGGUGCGAUCUCGGCUCACCGCAACCUCUGCCUCCUGGGUUCAGGCAAUUCUCCUGCCUCAGCCUCCUGAGUAGCUGGGAUUACAGGCACGCACCACCAUGCCCAGCUAAUUUUUUGUAUUUUUAGUAGAGACGGGGUUUCACCAUGUUGACCAGGAUGGUCUCAAUCUCUUGACCUCGUGAUCCACCCGCCUUGGCCUCCCAAAGUGCUGGGAUUAGAUCUCUGCAGAAUGAUGAGAUCUAAUUAUUGAGCCACCGCGCCCGGCGUAGUGUUUUCUUAAUAAGUAUGGUUUUUCUAGGCAAAGUGAAUUCAUUUUUGUCUAGUAUAUAUAUGUAAAUAUAUUAAUGUUGUUUUUGUGUUGGUGAUGUAGUAAGGAGACGUAUAUAGAAAUUCAUUGAGAUAUAUAGAUAUUCAUCUGCCUAGCCAGUUUCCAUCUUUCUGAGGAAUGUUUCAAAGCAAAAUUUCCUAUUUUCUUUUAUUACAUAAUGAUACAUCAAACAAUAUUACAUCCAAAUCACUAGUUUUAUUAAUUUCUAGCCGUGAUAGACUUACUAUUGCUCUAUUCUUUUCUGAUGCCUACCCUUGUUAUACAUAUUGUUAAAUGACCAAUAUUAUGUAUGAAGUAGACUAAAAACAUUUUACUCAAACUUCAGUCAUAUCCUAAUUGUGAUAAUUUUUGUUUUAUAUUCUAAACCAAAAUAUAUUUGCAUUCUUAAACUAACUUGUCUCAGAAUUUUGCUUCAUGCUUUAGGAUCAGUUUAAUGUCCUGUGGGUCCCAUGAAUAUUAUUGUCCCUCUUUCUGAGCUAUACAUCAAAACACACAUAAUCUUCAAAAGUCAACCCAAAACUCAUUUGCCAUAAAAAUCAAGAUACAGGCCGGGCGCGGUGGCUCAAGCCUGUAAUCCCAGCACUUUGGGAGGCCGAGGUGGGUGGAUCACGAGGUCAAGAGAUUGAGACCAUCCUGGUCAACAUGGUGAAAGCCCGUCUCUACUAAAAAUAAAAAAAAAUUAGCUGGGCAUGGUGGCGCGUGCCUGUAAUUGCAGGUACUCAGGAGGCUGAGGCAGGAGAAUUGCCUGAACCCAGGAGGCAGAGGUUGCGGUGAGCCGAGAUCGCACCAUUGCACUCCAGCCUGGGUAACAAGAGCGAACCUCCGUCUCAAAAAAAAAAAAAAAAAUCAAGAUACAGAUGUUCUGUUUCCAUAAAUUCCUUGAAAAACUUUAAAGUCAUCAAUAUGGUCUGUUUCCCUUGAAACUUAAGUUAGCUUUCUUAUUGGAGUUGUUUUAUUUAUUUUCUAUUAGUCUGAAAAGUAAAGAUUUUGUUUUAUGCAUUUUAGUAACCUGCAACAACCAGCUCUAAGAAUGAUUUGGCUUGUGAUGACCGUCUGUGUUUUUUGGGAUUUGGAGUACGUAAUCGUAAUAUUUACUUAAUUAUGUGUUUUUCUUUGUUCAAGGUAUUGGCUAGUUUCAUGAAUAUUUUGGAAGUUUUUCUUUCAUUAGUUAGAAGAUUACAUUUUACACUAUUAAAAUAUGUCUAUUACUU